AUGCAGCUUGCUGAGCUUCAGGCAAACCCCCCUAAAGCGGUUGAGCAAAAAUUCAACAAAAAAGUCGAGAUUGUCGCUGACCCCGGCACUUUUGAAGGAGACCAGGCUCAAUUUGCUGAGUGGUGGAUCAAGCUCCAAAUUUGGAUCAAGGUGAACUGGGACAUGUUUGCCGAUGAUUUUGAUAUAGUGACAGCUGUGCUGUCAAGACUCAAAGGACCUGUGGCGGGUCAAUACGCCCAUGUUAGACUCCAGGAAUGCUACACCGCUGGUCACUGGCCUACCUGGGACAAUCUCAAAGUAGAGAUUGAAAAAUAUUUCAAACCCCAAGCAAAUCUGUACCUUCAAACAAGGAAACAUGAGGACAGAUGA